GGGUCGGGUUACCCUGGCUUUUGUUUAGUUAGUAUAGCGUUGCAUUCCUCCAAUGACUUCAGUCCCAGGGACCUUUUACUCUAGAAAACAUAAGCAAACUUCUAAAUGGUCAGUUUCACAGCACAACACUCAUCCAAAAACACACACAGACAUGCACAAGGCACAAAAACACAGAAUAGCAGCUCUUAAAUUCCAGGAAUAAUUUGACUGAAUCUCUGAAGUCACACUGGUAGGGCAUCCUACUCGCGUCAUACCGCUCAGGAAGGAGACACGUUCUGUCUCCUAGAGAUGAACAUACUUUGGUGCGAGAAGUGCAAAUCAAUCCCAGAACAACAGCAAAGGACCUUGUGAAGAUGCUGGAGGAAACAGUUACAAAAGUAUCUUUAUCCACAGUAAAAUGAGUCCUAUAUCGACAUAACCUGAAAGGCCGCUCAGCAAGGACUACGGUUUGCAACUGCACAUGGGGACAAAGAUCGUACUUUUUGGAGAAAUGUCCCCUGGUCUGAUGAAACAAAAAUAGAAUCAAAUCAAAUCAAAUGUAUUUAUAUAGCCCUUCGUACAUCAGCUGAUAUCUCAAAGUGCUGUACAGAAACCCAGCCUAAAACCCCAAACAGCAAGCAAUGCAGGUGUAGAAGCACGCUGUUUAGGAAAAACUCCCUAGAAAGGCCAAAACCUAGGCCAGUCCUCUCUCUACUGGCUGUGCCGGGUAGAGAUUAUAACAGAACAUGACCAAGAUGUUCAAAUAUUCAUAAAUGACCAGCAUGGUCGAAUAAUAAUAAGGCAGAACAGUUGAAACUGGAGCAGCAGCACAAUCAGGUGGACUGGGGACAGCAAGGAGCCAUCAUGUCAGGUAGUCCUGGGGCACGGUCCUAAGGCUCAGGUCCUCCGAGAGAGAGAAAGAAAGAGAGAAUUAGAGAGAGCAUAUGUGGGGUGGCCAGUCCUCUUCUGGGUGUGCCGGGUGGAGAUUAUAACAGAACGUGGCCAAGAUGUUCAAAUGUUCAUAAAUGACCAGCAUGGUUGAAUAAUAGUAAGGCAGAACAGUUGAAACUGGAGCAGCAGCAUGGCCAGGUGGACUGGGGACAGCAAGGAGUCAUCAUGUCAGGUAGUCCUGGGACAUGGUCCUAGGGCCCAGGCCAGUUGAAACUGGAGCAGCACACUUAGAUUCACACAGGACACCGAAUAGGACAGGAGAAGUACUCCAGAUAUAACAAACUGACCCUAGCCCCCCGACACAUAAACUACUGCAGCAUAAAUACUGGAGGCUGAGACAGGAGGGGUCAGGAGACACUGUGGCCCCAUCCGAGGACACCCCCGGACAGGGCCAAACAGGAAGGAUAUAACCCCACCCACUUUGCCAAAGCACAGCCCCCACACCACUAGAGGGAUAUCUUCAACCACCAACUUACCAUCCUGAGACAAGGCAGAGUAUAGCCCACAAAGAUCUCCGCCACGGUACAACCCAAGGGGGAGGGGCGCCAACCCAGACAGGCUGACCACAACAGUGAAUCAACCCACCCAGGUGACGCACCCCCCCCAGGGACGGCAUGAGAGAGCCCCAGCAAGCCAUUGACUCAGCCCCCGUAACAGGGUGAGAGGCAGAGAAUCCCAGUGGAAAGAGGGGAACCGGCCAGGCAGAGACAGCAAGGGCGGUUCGUUGCUCCAGAGCCUUUCCGUUCACCUUCCCACUCCUGGGCCAGACUACACUCAAUCAUAUGACCCACUGAAGAGAUGAGUCUUCAGUAAAGACUUAAAGGUUGAGACCGAGUUUGCGUCUCUGACAUGGAACUGUUUGGCCAUAAUGACCAUCGUUAUGUUUGGUACCAGAUCAAUGUGGAGCUAUAUACAGGUUGUACCAGAUCAAUGUGGAGCUAUAUACAGGGAGUACCAGAUCACUGUGGAGCUAUAUACAGGAGUACCAGUACCAGAUCAGUGUGGAGCUAUAUACAGGGAGUACCAGAUCAAUGUGGAACUAUAUACAGGAGUACCAGUACCAGAUCAGUGUGGAGCUAUAUACAGGGAGUACCAGUACCAGAUCAAUGUGGAACUAUAUACAGGGAGUACCAGUACCAGAUCAAUGUGGAGCUAUAUACAAGGAGUACCAGUACCAGAUCAAUGUGGAGCUAUACAGGGAGUACCAGAUCAAUGUGGAGCUAUAUACAGGGAGUACCUGUACCAGAUCAAUGUGGAGCUAUAUACAGGGAGUACCAGUACCAGAUCAAUGUGGAGCUAUAUACAGGGAGUACCAGUACCAGAUCAAUGUGGAGCUAUAUACAGGGAGUACCAGUACCAGAUCAAUGUGGAGCUAUAUACAGGGAGUACCAGUACCAGAUCAAUGUGGAGCUAUAUACAGGGUUUACCAGUACCAGAUCAAUGUGGAGCUAUAUACAGGUUGUACCAGUACCAGAUCAAUGUGGAGCUAUAUACAGGUUGUAACAGUACCAGAUCAAUGUGGAGCUAUAUACAGGGAGUACCAGUACCAGAUCAAUGUGGAGCUAUAUACAGGGAGUACCAGUACCAGAUCAAUGUGGAGCUAUAUACAGUGAGUACCAGUACCAGAUCAAUGUGGAGCUAUAUACAGGGAGUACCAGUACCAUAUCAGUGUGGAGCUAUAUACAGGGAGUACCAGAUCAAUGAAGGAGCUAUAUACAGGGAGUACCAGUACCAGAUCAGUGUGGAGCUAUAUACAGGGAGUACCAGUACCAGAUCAAUGUGGAGCUAUAUACAGGGAGUACCAGUACCAGAUCAAUGUGGAGCUAUUUUCAGAGAGUACCAGUACCAGAUCAAUGUGGAGCUAUAUACAAGGAGUACCAGUACCAGAUCAAUGUGGAGCUAUACAGGGAGUACCAGAUCAAUGUGGAGCUAUAUACAGGGAGUACCUGUACCAGAUCAAUGUGGAGCUAUAUACAGGGAGUACCAGUACCAGAUCAAUGUGGAGCUAUAUACAGGGAGUACCAGUACCAGAUCAAUGUGGAGCUAUAUACAGGGAGUACCAGUACCAGAUCAAUGUGGAGCUAUAUACAGGGAGUACCAGUACCAGAUCAAUGUGGAGCUAUAUACAGGGAGUACCAGUACCAGAUCAAUGUGGAGCUAUAUACAGGGAGUACCAGUACCAGAUCAAUGUGGAGCUAUAUACAGGGUUUACCAGUACCAGAUCAAUGUGGAGCUAUAUACAGGGUUUACCAGUACCAGAUCAAUGAGGAGCUAUAUACAGGGAGUACCAGUACCAUAUCAAUGAGGAGCUAUAUACAGGUUGUAACAGUACCAGAUCAAUGUGGAGCUAUAUACAGGGUUUACCAGUACCAGAUCAAUGUGGAGCUAUAUACAGGGUUUACCAGUACCAGAUCAAUGUGGAGCUAUAUACAGGGUUUACCAGUACCAGAUCAAUGUGGAGCUAUAUACAGGGUUUACCAGUACCAGAUCAAUGUGGAGCUAUAUACAGGGUUUACCAGUACCAGAUCAAUGUGGAGCUAUAUACAGGGUUUACCAGUACCAGAUCAAUGUGGAGCUAUAUACAGGGAGUACCAGUACCAGAUCAAUGUGGAGCUAUAUACAGGGAGUACCAGUACCAGAUCAAUGUGGAGCUAUAUACAGGGAGUACCAGUACCAGAUCAAUGUGGAGCUAUAUACAGGGUUUACCAGUACCAGAUCAAUGUGGAGCUAUAUACAGGGUUUACCAGUACCAGAUCAAUGUGGAGCUAUAUACAGGGUUUACCAGUACCAGAUCAAUGUGGAGCUAUAUACAGGGUUUACCAGUACCAGAUCAAUGUGGAGCUAUAUACAGGGUUUACCAGUACCAGAUCAAUGUGGAGCUAUAUACAGGGUUUACCAGUACCAGAUCAAUGUGGAGCUAUAUACAGGGUUUACCAGUACCAGAUCAAUGUGGAGCUAUAUACAGGGUUUACCAGUACCAGAUCAAUGUGGAGCUAUAUACAGGGUUUACCAGUACCAGAUCAAUGUGGAGCUAUAUACAGGGUUUACCAGUACCAGAUCAAUGUGGAGCUAUAUACAGGGAGUACCAGUACCAUAUCAAUGUACAGAGAUAUGAGGAAUUUUAGGUAGAUUUGUGCAUGAAGGCAGGGUAAAGUAACUAGGCAUCAGGAUAGACAAUAAUAAGAGUAAAAUAAGGAACAGAGAAGCAGCAGGAAAUGAUUUGUGUAAAAGUGUGUAUGUGUAUGGGUGUGUGCGUGCUUGCGUGUGUACAUAUGUAAUGUAUGUGAAUGUGUGGGAGUGUAAAUGUAUUGUGUGAGUGUGUAUAUGGUGUGUAUUAGUGUCAUCACACUCCCUCAUCUGAUUGGUCAAGUAGGCGGGUCUUUUGACUUUGUGGCUGUGAUAACUAGUGACGACCACUCGAGGAGGCAGACUCAAUGCUACAGGACUGUUUUGAGAAUACUAAUACUGUAUGUUCAAAUAUUCAUCCACCCAGGACUCAUCCAUCCACACUGAGGAAUAUACAUUGUCAGUCACAGACUUCAUUAGAAAAUGUGUUGAUGAUGUUGUACCCAUAAUAGCAAUCCGGACAUACCCCAACCAAAAACCCAGGAUGAACCUCAAUGACUCAGUCGCGCGCGACGCUUACAAGGCAAGCAGGUACGAGCUCCGCGAAUCCAUUAGGGAUGCAAAAGACAAUACAGACUCGAACUUAAAUUGAUGCCAAUCACGAACUACAAAGGCCCACCCUCCCAGACGAGCUGAACACAUUCUAUGCUCGCUUCGAGUCAGACAAUCCGGAGCUGCCCAGGAAGACUCUUACUGCUCUGGAAGACCAGGUGCUUUCGCUCUACGAGGCUGACAUGAGAACUCUCAAAAGAGUGAAUACUCACAAAUCC